AUGAAACUUUAUCAAGCAAAAAGAAGCUAUCAAUGGGCCUAUGAGUCCUAUGAAAAGGCUACAACAUUAAUUCACACUAUGUUUGAAAGAACUUCCUAUUAUCAAUUGCAGCAUAUCGAAUUUUAUCUUGAUGCCUUUGAUACUUGGGCAAAUUAUGAUAAGCAUGAGGAAGGUAAGCAAAAAUUACUUAAAAUCAUCGACAUAAUCACUAAACAGUAUGGUGAACGCCACAGAAAUCUUGCAAAAGCUUACUGUAGAUUAUCUAUUUUUGAUUUGGUUCAAAAGGAAUACGAAUCUGCCGAAAAAAAAUUAUUACAAGCGUAUGAUCUAUACGAACAAUUGCCUAAAAUUUAUAUUGAUCAUUCAACUACAUUAAUAAAGUUAGAA